AUGAGCUGGCUCUACAGGUUCAGAUUUGGUGUGCGCAACUCCACUGACUCCCCCGUGGAUUCCUCUUCCGAUUCUUCUAUAGCGCAGGGACCUGACGAUGAUGUACCCGCUCCGGGUCAGCAGUUCGCGCAAUUCGCGGCCGGUUGCUUCUGGGGAGUUGAAUUGGCCUUCCAGAGAGUGCCUGGUGUUACAAAGACUGAAGUAGGAUACUCCCAGGGGUCCUUGCACAAUCCCACGUACCAGGAUGUUUGUUCUGGUACCACGAACCAUUCGGAGGUGGUUCGUGUCCAGUAUGACCCUGAGGAGUGUAGUUAUGAGGCUCUGCUUGAUGUUUUCUGGGCGAGACAUGAUCCUACAACUCCUAAUCGCCAGGGGAAUGAUGUCGGAACCCAAUAUAGAUCCGGAAUUUACUACUACACACCUGAACAAGAAAAGGCAGCACUGGAGUCUAUGGAUAAACAGCAAGAGCUUUCGAAUAGGAAGGUCGUAACUGAAAUUCUCCCUGCCAAGAAAUUUUACAGGGCCGAAGAGUAUCAUCAGCAAUAUCUUGAAAAGGGGGGACGAUUUGGUUUCAAACAAUCGGCAGACAAAGGUUGCAACGACUCUAUUCGGUGCUAUGGCUAA